UGCUCGCCCCGCCCCUUGACGAGACUCCUCGUAUGGGAAACCUCACCCACAUGAGCUCAUAAAAGUCUUUACCCGAACCAGACGAUAACCUCCUUUUUGGACCACGUUUCAAAGCCUACAAGAAUCGCUUAGCCCGGAGUAUAUUGGACAUGGAGAACUGUCGAAUGAUGGUGAGUCAAAAGCUCAUCCCAAAACGUCAGGGGAGCGGCACCGCACGACGGAACCUGUUCGGCCCGGUCAACCACAAGCAGUUGCACAUGUUCUUCCGGACUGAAAUGAGGAAAGACCUGGAGGAGGCGUCGCGGCGCUGGAGCUACGACUUCAUUGCCGACAAGCCUCUUGAGAGCGGCCAUUUCCACUGGGAGAGUGUCCCGGGCACCACGGUGCCGCGGCUUUUCAGGGCCGGUGUGAUCGCUCAGACGAAAGGUCAAAGGGCGGCAGUUGGUCCCAAGAAAAGAAGAGCGGCGACGUCACCAAAGUGCGGGAAGGAGAACUUCCCUGAAUACGCGUUGGAAAGAUGUCCUCUGGACGUGGAGAAAACACCAGAGAAGAAGGAGAAAGUCCGGCUGAGGAGGAAACAAACUAACAUUACAGAUUUCUAUCAGGCAAAACGAAGAGUGGUUGGAACGCAGAGUAAAUCUGUGGAGUGAAUCCCAUCAGUCCCUGAAGGAGUGCCAAUAUUCCAUCACUCAGAAGGGACCUCAACACCUUGUCUUCACGGUUCUUUAGACAAACUUUAUUGAUCCACAAGGGAAAUUGUUCAAAAUUAGGAUGCUUUUUUUUUGAAAGGGAGGAAGAUUGAACGGGUGGUUUGGGUUUUUCAAGUUGGUAAGAAGUUGACAUUUGAUCUGGGGAGAUUACCGUUAAUCUCCUCAAUGGUGGAUUUAUUCUCAUUUGGAUCAAGCGGGUGUCCAAGUGUCGACUGAAUUAUUCCAUCUGUGCAUUCCGCAACUCAGUGGUGGACAAUACUUAGAAUGAACAAUAAUAAUACUUGAAACACCUCAGAGUUCAUAACAGUCUUCCUCUAUGAAUGUCAUCCAUUGAGGAUGCAAGGUCCUCUUGACAAACAGGAGUCCACUUUUUGUUGUUGGGGAAUGAGUCAUUUUAAUGUUAACUCUCCAUAAGCACUUCCUUUCCAAAGUAUAUUUACCUUUUACAGCUCAGGAUAUUUCUGUGUGGAGGUUGUAUGUUCUCCCCGUGACUGCGUGGGUUCCCUCCGGGUACUCCGGCUUCCUUCCACCUCCAAAGACAUGCACCUGGGGAUAGUUGUGUGGUAACACUAAAUUGGCCCUAGACAUGCACCUGGGGAUAGGUUGAUUGGUAACACUAAAUUGGCCCUAGACAUGCACCUGGGGAUAGGUUGAUUGGCAACACUAAAUUGGCCCUAGUGUGAGAGUGAGUGUGAAUGUUGUCCGUCUAUCUGUUGGCCCUGUGAUGAAGUGGCGCCUUGUCCAGGGUGUACCCCGCCUUCCGCCCGAAUGCAGCUGAGAUAGGCUCCAGCACCCCCGUGACCCCGAAUGGGACAAGCGGUAGAAAAUGGAUGGAUGGAUAUCCACACGCACCACCAAUUCAUAGGAAUAACACUUAGAAGAGUUCUAAUGUGCUAAAUUUAGAUUAGACACGGGUGCCAUCAUGUCGUCUUCUGUCUUGUGCACUGUACGGAUAACACAGUGUAACACAUGUACACAAAGUGUGUGUAUAUAUAUAUAUAUAUGAUAUAGAUAUUAGUUUUAUAGUAUAUAGUUUAUCACUGCAUUGUAAAGUAGCAUUGAUGAAUAGUAAACCCAUUGCAGUAUUGCACAUGCACACAUCCAGCAUUAGUGUUUGCACAUGCAGUAAUUUAAGCGCUUAAUGGUGCCCCACCUGUAACAAUCAUGCAGUGCAUCAGCCUUAAUUGUGAUCUGCCUCAAAUGUUUGUCUCAUCAUGGAUUCUAUGUAUGCUCCUGCUGCUGUAGCUGAGCAGAACAUGUUCAACUCGGCGACUGAAACACUAAUCAUGACAAACUGAUGUGCACAGCUGUUUUAUGUGUAAAGCUACAAAAUGAAAAAUAUAUUUAUUGUCCCAUGCCUUGUUGAUUUACUUUGUUAUGAAAUUAAAAUAAAUUGUCAGAAUUUGAUGUUUUUUUUGUCAUUUCCUAUCACAGUUUUAAAUUGGGAUUCCACAGUGUCUGCACCAAAAUCAGCUUCACGACCAAUGCCCCCCAUUAAAAAAAAAAUAUAUAUAUAAGCCAAGUUCCCACAUCUGCAGUCCCCGCCAAGGUUUCUCAUUGCGUCCAGUGGGUUGACUUUUUUCUUGCCCUGAUGUGGGAUCUGAGCCGAGGAUGUCGUGGCUUGUGCAGCCCUUUGAGACAUUUGUGAUUAAGGGCUAUAUCAAUAAACUUUGAUUAAUUGAUCAUCCAACACGUCCAGACAUGUUCAUAUUUCAGACAUCUUCUGACUAGGUUGGAAUUGGUUUUGUAUUAAUACAAAUAAGGGAGUGGCAUUGGACAAAUUGU